AUGCCAAAAGCACAGCAUGAAUAUGCAGUUUCAUUUUUAAAGAAUGGAAAUAUAUUACCUGGUUUUGAAAAUGAAUUUUUUGAGUAUCUUAACAAAGCAAAGGACAACAAAUAUACUUCAUCUCUGUAUCUUUUAG